AAAACGGAGAGGACCAAGCACGCUGCAUGUCCCACGUGGAUCUGUGUCUGUGCUGUCGCAGUCCCGGGCUUCACACUUAAGAGGACGCCCUGCCGGUACCGGUCCUGUACAGCGGAGGAGAUCCUGCCAGCCCAGAGGCACGGGGCACAGCGGGGGAAAGUUUAGUGGACGCUGAUUGGCCAGUGCGCUCAUUGUGCGUCCAGGGACCCGUUCCAGUGAGCAGCCCGCCUGGACUCACCCUGUCCGGACGCACCAUGUUGUCAGCCCGUUCCUGCGCUCUGCUCUCGCUUCUGCCGCUGUUCGGUGGAGGUCUGUGCGCCGCAUCUCGCCCGCUGCUCGUGCUGCUCAUUGAUGGGUUCCGUUACGACUAUUUGGACGCACUGGAUACGCUGCCGGGCUUCAGGGAGCUGCUGCACCGCGGAGUCACCGUGGACUACAUGACACCGGACUUCCCCAGUCUUUCGUACCCGAACUACUACAGUCUAAUGACAGGCCGACACUGCGAUGCCCACCACAUGACGGGGAACUACAUGUGGGACGAAGCCUCGGGGAAGGAGUUCCUGAUCGGGACCAAUGUGGACAGCAGGCUGCCUCUGUGGUGGGACGGAGCCGAGCCACUGUGGGUGACGGCUCAGAAGAGCGGCCGGAGGGUCUACAUGUACUACUGGCCUGGCUGUGAGGUGGAGAUCCUGGGAGUGAGGCCGACCCUGUGUGAGGAGUACAUCUCCAGCCCGUCCAUCCAGAACUUGACCAGUGCCAUAGAGGACGCUCUAAACGCCAUCAGGUACAACACCCCCUGCAUUCUGAGCUGUCUCCCCCUGUCCCCCGUCUCUGCUGCGUCUCCCCUUGUCUCCGACGUGUCUCCCCUCUGUCUCUCUUUUCCCCGUCUCUCUCAGCCCCCCGUCUGUGCUGUGUUCCCUGUUCUCUCCUGUCUCCCUGUGCUCAGGUCGGGGAAGGCUCACAUGGGGGCUGUGUACUAUGAGAAGAUGGACGUGGAGGGUCAUCACUUUGGGCCCAACUCACCUGAGGUCAAGAGUGCCCUCCAGGAGCUGGACACGGCCAUGCAGGCACUCAGCCACAGCAUCACGGAGAAGGGCCUGGAGGACAAGUUAAACGUGGUGAUGUUCUCUGACCACGGCAUGACCGGGAUCCAAUGGAUGGACAAAGUCAUUGAGCUGGACAUGUACAUCAACAUGGCGGACAUCACCAAGAUCAUGGACCGCGGUCCUGUGGUCAGCCUCUGGCCCAAGAAGGACAAACAGGAUCAGGUGCGUGCUGCUCUGGGGACAGUCCCUAACAUGCGGGUGUACCUUAAGUCAGACGUCCCGGAGCGCUUCCACUACAGCAGGGGCCGGUUUGUGUCCCCGCUGACGCUGGUGGCCGAGCCGGGCUGGUUCAUCGUCCAGAACAAGAGUAAGCUGCCGUACUGGAAGAACGAGAGCUCGGGACCUGCACGCGGCUGGCAGAACGGCUGGCAUGGAUACGACAACGAGUACCUGGACAUGAGGGGCUUCUUCCUGGCAGCAGGCCCUGAUUUCAAAGUGAACGUGCGUGCAGCUCCCAUACGCUCUGUGGAUGUGUACAACGUCAUGUGCCGGACUCUGGGGGUGGAGCCGCUCCCCAACAACGGCUCGUGGUCCCGGGUGGAGUACCUGCUGAGUGGGGCAGGGACGGGCUCAUAUGGCUGGAGGCUGCUCUUGAGCGCCGCUCUGCUGGGGCUGCUGCUUCCACUGUGGCCCUAACUCACACUGUGAGCAACAUGUUGGACUGUUUCACAAGAGAGAACUGUGUCACUUGUCCAAGCACAAGCAUUUGUACUUAAAGGUUGUAUAGAGGAUUUUCCAAGGAACGAGAAAUCCAGCGACUGUUUGUCCUUUUUCAAAUGUUGCGCAUGCGUGAAACCACCCCCCCCUCCCCUACAGCUCCCUACGUAGAAACGCCUUCUCCCGCCUCCUCUUUACGCCAGAAACAGGUUUGUUUACAGCCGGUGCUGCACAUGACUUGUAAACAACUAACUACAGUGUUGGUUAGGCAAGGUGGAGAAGUGAGGAGCGGGGGGAGCGGGUGCGCGGACAUUUCGUUCACGGACGAGAAGUGAGGAGCAGGGAGAAGAGCGGAGCAGGGAGAGAGGAGAGGAGAGAGGAGAGGGGAGCGGUGCGCGGAGAUUCCGUGCCCGGAGAACUGAGGAGCAGGGGAAAGAGCGGAUCGGGCAGCGGGGACAGGAAAGGGGUGCAGAGAAGGUUGCGCGGAGAUUCCGUGCGAAUGAACUAGCUACAACACGCAGCAGCAAGCGGACUCUUUCUUUGCCUUGAAAAUUACGUUUUCAGACAUAGGAUAUCGCUUUCGUGUCCUGAAAAACGUUUGACUAGCUCUUGGAAAUAAAGUACGUUUUCAUAAUAAGCAGAAGUGACCUGUCCAGGAGUAAUUUGGCGACCAAUGCGUCAGUCUUUAGACCCUGCGUCUGCUUCAGUCGCGCCAUCGCUGGAAUGAAUCUUCAAGAAUCACCUUAGUUUAGCUUCGCUGCUUUUCCCCUUGUCUUCUUCUUUCAGCGACCUCAAAAACGGACUUUCUUUUGCGGCUAACUGCUCCUGGAUUCUUGUCGCCAUUGCAACAAACUUUGUGCUAACUGCGAGGAAGAUAUAGGUCAAAAAAAGCCGCUAAGAACUGUUGCGUUGGUGGAGUAAACAGCGUCUGUGCGGCUUGCGUCUGCGUGACAGGCGUACGUAAACCACGUACCGGCGGCGCGCAGGCAAGUCAGUUACGCUAGAAACUUAGGGAGAUUGAUUGACAGCCUGUCAGCUAACAGAUAACGAGGCAGUGUCGUUAUCUAUUGGCAAAUGUUUAGCCCCACCACGUCCAGAGUUGAUGAAUUUUUAUUCUCUUUUUUUUGGUCAUCAUAAUUACAAGGCUACUGCACCUCUAUAAUGCUAUCAUUGACAACUUGAAACAAAAACAAACAAAAAAAAAUCCUCCAUACAACCUUUAAGCAGGAUUUAAAGCUGUGUUAUCUACUUUUUUGUAAAUGAGUUAGUGUAUUGAUACUUAAAUUUCAACCUCAGUUUCGAUACUAAGGAAUAUACAUGAUUAAUAAUAUUCCAAUUCUACAGUGAUCAUAAAAACUGUUUCUUUAGACAUUAUAAUGUGAGUUUCAACAGUGUAAUCCUUAUUCAGGAAAGGUUAAUUUUGUUCUGUGAAUGUGAGUUUUUGGUAUUAAUACCUGCUCAAAUGAUGGUAGUUAGAUACUAAUCGAUACUAAAACUAGUAUCAAAAUUAUUAUCAGAUUUUUGAUACUUUUGACAAUGUAAAAAUGAGUAAAUGUGAGUGUUUUCCAUCAAAGAGCACAUAAAAGCAUCACUGUGACAAAAUGAGCCCGCUGUACACUCUCCACAGCUAAUAACAAAAUGUAUUUCUCAUCAAUGCAGAAGUCAGAGUGAAGGCAGCACUCUGAUUGGCUGCACUUGGAUGGUCCACCCCUGUUUCACUUCACCGUCUAGAAAAAGCUGUUCUACAAGUAUGCAAAAGAAUGCAUUUGGAUAUUAACAAUGUGCAAAAGGGUUUGUGUGGCUCCCUCCUCCUCCCUCCUCCUUCCUCCUCCUCCCUCCAUGGCUCAUUAGGUCAUGUGCUUUUCAGUUAAUUUUCCACCACAGACCAGAUUAACCUUUAGUGUCAUUCCAGACAGCUGUAUAUUGGAUUAAGGACGCCUUGUUCCAAUCCCAUAAACUCCAGGAUAUACCUUUUCCAGUCCUGAUAUUUGAUGGGAAGGUUUCAGAGUCUCCAGCAGUGGGCAGCAAAUAGAUGAUGGUUUUAAUAUGAAAAUAUGUGUCCUUACCAUGAGAGGACCUGCAAACUUGACUAUCUUCACCUGGGGGAGGGCCUUCUGCUUGUUUCCUUGAAAAUGUUGUUUCACCUCCACAAAGUUACACUGUGUUGCUUUGAGAGUAAACCAAUGGAAUGAAGGUUUAUUCCAAGAAAUGUAAAAUUGUCUUUUUCAGAUUUUAUGUGCAAUUUAGCAAUUUUUUAGACAUAAAAUGCUUCUAAAACAUUACAUGAAUUUAUAUUCACAAAUAUUUGUACAUUUAUGUAAGUAAACAAAAUUUGAAAGUUAAUAAAAAUCUUUCAUGGAUUGAAGAUCCAUGAGUCCUUGUGAACAUUUGUUUUCAUAUAGCGGUGCAUCUGAAGUUCAUACAUUUUUGCUCCACGCCCUCUUCCUAUUGGUUAGCCUCUGUCCUACAGAGUGAGUGACAGGUGGAUUUAACCAAUCAAAACAACAUUUACAGUUUAAGUGACAAAUUACAUGAAAGGGAAAUAAAAUCAAACUCAUGAUCUUGACUCCCAGAGGAUUACAAUGGGACAUGAAUUAUGACAACUUCUGGUUUACAUGUGGAAGGAGCAAAAGAGUCUAAGAAGAUUUGUGAUGUACACUGAUAAAACUGUUUGCAACAGCACAUUUCUGAACACCUCCAUAUAAUACUAGUGCCUAUAUCUAAUCUACACAAUGUGUUUACAGUGUGGACAUGUGAGAAUGUGCCUUAUGUGCACUAAAGCUGCACAGUACACAGCCAAAAUUUGAUCAUUGCAAUAAGCAUUAUUGUAAGAAAAAUAAAUGUUUCUAAAUCACAAUAACACAUGUCUUCACAUGAAAUGUACUGUUUUUAAAAGUAAAUUGUGAAAAAGUCUGAUUUGAUUUGAUUUUCCUUAUUGGCUCCCACACUAGCCCUGAUGUGGUCUGGGUGGUCUCUGUAACAUUUGAAUAAAUGUGUAAAUAAAUGUG